AUGAACGCUGCCAGAGAUCGGAAACUUGAAAUCAGUGCAUCUAAAUUGUCAGUGUUAUUUGGAAAGCUUGGCUCAUGUCAUCUUCAGCAAGGUAGUUUUGACGAGCCAGUGAACUCGCAUAUACCCGCACUACGGGAAAGUUUGCAAGGUUCGUUUGAUAUGCUUGCUGUACAAAUCGUGCGUAACAAAAGGCUAGUGAAGGUUGACACGUUCGACUCAAGGAAUCCCAUAUCACGUUUGUGCAAUUGA